AAAUCCAACAGUCACAGAGAGCACUCAGAGGAAACAAAGACGUUUUUAUCUCUAGACUGAAAAUGCUUGGAUUUUAUGAGAUGCUGUUUGCAGCUGUGGCCGUCUUGGCUUUGGUGAGGUCGUCUCCGGUGGUGGGGCCCGAGCCCAUCCGCUGCUCCCCAUGCACGCAACAGAAGCUGAAUGACUGUCCCGCAGUCCCGGAAGGCUGUAAGCAAGUUCUGAGAGAACCUGGCUGUGGCUGCUGCAUGGCCUGCGCUCUGGAGAAAGGUGCUUCCUGCGGCGUUCACACGGCCCACUGUGGUUCGGGUCUUCGCUGCACUCCCAGGCCGGGUGAGGCCAGACCACUCCACGCCCUGACCAGAGGACAGGGGAUUUGCACUGAAGACGAUGGCCAAGAGGAAGUUGAGGAAGUCCCAGAUCAUGGCUCAUUGCACUACUUGUUGGGGCUUAACCUUCCUUCUGAUCACCAAGAUGCUGCUGAGGGCCAGGAGAGCAUCAAAGCUAAAGUCAACGCCAUCCGCAACAAACUGGUACAACAGGGUCCAUGUCACAUUGAACUGCACGCAGCGCUGGAUCUGAUAGCCAGCUCUCAGCAGAAACUAGGUGAUAAGUUCACAACCUUUUACCUCCCCAACUGUGAUAAGCAUGGCUUCUACAAAUCCAAGCAGUGUGAGUCAUCUCUGGUUGGACCGCCUGCCCGCUGCUGGUGUGUGUCAUCGUGGAACGGGAAGAAGCUCCCAGGAUCCAGUGACCUCAUUGGCGAUGCGGAGUGCCACCAAGAAGUCACGCACUGAUGGAUGAACACACAAAAACAGACGUUCACUCUGGGAGAAUGUGUGUUUUGUAACUUUUUACAAACUACACUCAGUUGUCUCAAACUGUAAAAGCUUAUGAGGGAAAUAUUAUUUACAUAUUGUGCAUAUCAGAGACUUAUUUAUUGUCAGUAACCUUUUAUCUUUUGUAUUUUCUGACAUGUCCUUUUUGCAUGGGUAAAUAGGGCAACACUGCAUAAAGAACUCCAUUACUCACAACAACAGGUCCACCAGGACAACUUAAAAAUGUUUUUCCCUUUUAACUAAACAUACCAUAACUACCAGUGCUGCUAUGAGGUUUAUGGACUGAUCAGCAUGUGUCUACCUCUGGAGGUCUAUUCUGUUAUUUAUUUGUGUGUGCAUUUGAUUGGACUGGAUUUCAUGCAAAUGCUUUUUUGAUGAAAAUGUAUCUAUGCAGACAUUUAUUGAAGCAAAGUGUAUAUUUUAAUUAUGGUUGUUUAUGAUUAAAUUUGUAUGAAAAGGUAA